UCCUCCAAUCCAGACAAAAGACGGCGGCAGAUCCGCGGCGGGGCGCACUGAGCCAGAGCAUCUGGAGCACCUUCAAGGGGAGCACGGCGGGACUCAUUCGAACACGCAGGAACGCACAUUAAGCACGCCGACAGGACGGACACGCCCUCCAAAUCCACCUGAAAACCUCCGAGCCGGCAAAUUGACCUUGGUAAAGGACACAGGCAGGGAAAGUGAGCCCUCAUUUAUCCGUAAAGGCAGAACAACGCGUUCCCAUGAUGUCAUACCUGUGGAUUCUGCUAUUAGGGAGCCUGCUGGCCUCACACGCCAACGCGCAAGCGGUUGCUCCAGAGUCGGAAGAAACUGUAACAGAACCAGCAGAUUCAGGAGUUGAUGGAGAAGAUGAUGGCGCAGCAAAGACAGAUGACCUUGAGCCAACGUCAGAGCCUGAACCAGCAGCUGACCCUGAACCAGCAGCUGACCCUGAACCAGAAGCUGACCCUGAACCGGCAGCGGACCCUGAACCAGCAGCGGACCCUGAACCAGCAGCUGACCCUGAACCAACAGCAGUUCCAGAACCAGCAGCUGACCCUGAACCAACAGCAGUUCCAGAACCAGCAGCUGACCCUGAACCAACAGCAGUUCCAGAACCAGCAGCUGACCCUGAGCCUGAGCCAACAGCAGUUAAAGAACCAGCAGCUGACCCUGAGCCUGAGCCAACAGCAGUUCCAGAACCAACAGCUGACCCUGAGCCAGUGGCUACAACUGAGAAUGCAAAUUUGGAAGAAGUGUCAGAGACAUCUACAGCACCGUCUGCAGGUGUGACGACCCCAGCAGCACUUACAGAAGAUGGCUCUGGAGCAGUUACAAUUGCUGCUGGCACAGAACCUGGACCUUCCUCAGUGGCUGCUGAAACUAAACCAUCUGACACACCACAAGUUUUCUCAGAUGCUGACGUGGAAGAGUCUGAACAAACAACUCCUGUACCUGAGGAUACUGACACAACUGCUGAACCCUCUAUGCCUGAAGUAGAAGAAGAGCUCAAAAAGGAAGGAACCCUUACUCUGCAGACAGAGAAAAUAAUUGAAGGCCGAAAGAUUUUUAACGAAGUAGGUGCAGAGAUUGGUGCCAGUACAGAAGAUACAGACGAUUCCAAACCUAAAAGCUCUAAAAAUUUAGCAGCAAUCCUGUCUGGAAUCAUUGUGUCUGCAGUGGGAGCAGUCACUGGGUACUUUACCUAUCAGAAGAAGAAAUUGUGUUUCAAAAAAAAUCAAGAACCAGAUCUUGAGGGUGGAGCAGACAAACCAGCUGCAGCAGAGGCUAAAUCGGAACCCCACGAACAAAACACCCUGCUAGAAAACUCCAAUCAACAACCAUCUGACUAGCCUGGGCCAACUUCAUUCAAGCAGAGGCAAUCUCACUGUUAGGCUCUGCCCCGAAGAGCUAAAUUACUGUGAGGCCCCAGAGCAGGCCUGUGUGUUCCUGAUUGUGUAAGUGUGUGUUGGUCGGGGUGAGCUUGUGCGGGUGUAUGCGUGUGUGUAUGUCUUCGUUCUUGUGUGGGGGAAAGGAGUUAGAUAAAGAUCUAGUGGUUUCUGGUCAUUCCAACAAGGCAAUUUAUUAAAAUGAUCAAUCAAAAUCCAACUUUGUUUUUUUUUUGUCAAAUUGCCAUAAAAGAGAUUAAAUCUCAUAUUAACUGUAACCAUAAAAUAUCCCAACUCUUCAACAUUUUUCUUUUAUUUGAGAUGGUUACUCCAUUGUUCUGGUAAUUUGAUAUAAUUCAAAACCAGUAACGGAGAGUGAUAUUGUAUGUAUUGAACUACAUUUUUGCAUUUAUUGAGCCAAACAUAUUAUAAUGAAAGUAUACAAAUGUCCUAAAGAAAGACAAAAAAUAUAUAUAGCAUAAGUUAUCUCUUGUAAAAGUGUAGAAUAAGAGGACAAAAAGUGGCAUGAAUUACUAUCACUGUACUUUGUGUAUUUUGACAUAGGAGAAGUGUUAGAGGAUUUUAGUCCUAGUUUUAGGGGAAUGCCCUAAUUUAGGUUAUCAUGUGCUUGGAAUACCGACGGCAUCACUGUAGUACCGUGUUUUCUUUAGCUUGUCCGGUUUUGUUUUGUUUCUCUCUGGUGAAGGGACUCAGACUUAAAUCUUGUUCAGUGACUGUUUUUCCGUCAGCUGAAUAGAUUAGUCGUUGACAUUUCUUACUGACCUUUGAAAUAGAUAAUAAUCAGAUACAGACAGUUCAUACCCUUUGAUUUUUUUUGUCACAUAGCAACCACGGUAUUCAAUGUGUUUUGUCAAGAUUUUAUGUGACAGACUGGUUCAAAGCAAAGCAGAAUUGUGAAAGGGAAGCACAUAUAGUGGCAAAUCUUUUGCUCAAUUUUUUCUUCCAAAAUAGUUAAAACUUUCAGAUUCACAUCCAUUUUUUAGUCUUCACUAGAUUAUUGUCUAGGCCAUUCUGUAAUCUGUAAAAAAUAUAGUUAUUUGCAUUUUGGUCAAAAUGUUCAGCUGUCUUCUCAUCUGACCAGAACAGCAUGUUUGCUUUGUCCUCUACAUGACAUCUCGUAAACUUUUAAAUUAAGUCAAAACGCUUCUAUGGAUGAUGGAUUGAAUACUUAGUGAGAAGUUCAGAGCUUUGGCUAUUGUUUUAUUUUUAAUCAAAACCUGCUAUCAACAUCUCUGCAACUUUAUUAUUGUGUUAAAGUAUAUGCAGUAGGGUUUUAAGGGAAUUUCAGAAGUUCAUUAGUUUUCUGGAUUGUAUUUUAUGGAAUCAGAUUAAUUGCAAGUCACACUAUUUUGACUCCAAUGUUUCUUUGGGGACGAUAAAAUAUUGGUUGUUAUGUGACAAAAUAUGAAAAGGCUCAAGAAGUAUUAUGACACAGUAAUCAUUACUGUUGGUUUUUUUUUCCUCAAUAUUUUAAAUUCACCUAAGUUUAAUCCAAAAGACAAUGGAACACCUAACAAUGAAAAAGUAUAAAAAAACUUAAUGUAAUUAUGUAUAUGCAUUUUUUUGUAAGUUUUGUUUAUUUUUUCUGUAGUAUGUGUAGUUGAGAGGCAGUGAUUUCUUUGUUAUAGUGCCUUUCACUGUCAGCCUGGCUUGAUAAAUCUAAAGGCACACAGAGAAGACAUAUGGACUAGUAAUAUCAAAACAAGCAAAUCACAUGAAACCAUAAAAGGAAUGUGUUGCAUGCUGCUCAAAAUUUAAACAAAAUGAAUUUGAAGGUAUGGUACACACAGGGUGAUAACGGCAACUAACAGUAUGCUGAAAGCAGGCCAGCUUUGUUUUAUCAACAAACAAUUUUACCAACUUGAUCUGAUUUUAUGUGCAAAGUUCUCCUCGGUGUGUGUCUCUUCAUUGAAACAAGCCAGUUAGUGCUGUCAGUGUUUUUGUAUCAUUCAUACACAGACAACAUUCACCUGUGACCUUUAUAUGAAUUUCUACCAUCUUAGCAGUGGUGCCUCUGAGCCGACACUGAUGGUUUUUUGAGUCAGCUAGAUUCCUGUGGUAUUUUGUGAUUUUUUUGUGAAAAUGCCUCAGAAGACGCCGCACUACAACCUUUUUUUCUGUCUCCUGUAGCACAAAUUAACUUCUGAAUGUCUUUUCUUUUGCCUUGAAGUUUUGUACUUUCUGUACUUCUUUUAAACAAAAUGUGGUUAUACUGGUUGUAUAGUGUCGCAGUUCCUGAGAUGUUAGCUGUAAAACACUAUAUUGCUGCAAUACAGGACAGAGACUGUUGCUAACAGCCUAGCCUUGAGCUGAGAAAUAGUGUGUGAUGUCACAUUAAUUGUUUUUACAAACUGUGGGCUGAACACAAGUUUGAUGCUCUGCUAACUGCCAUCUUAUUCUGUAACCUUGGAUAGACAAUAGACAGUUUUAUCUUGAGAUGUUAAAGCAAGCAAAUAAUAUGUCUGGCGUAGAGUUAAAAUGCACAAACUUCCCAUUGUAUAACAGUACAAGGUUUCUUAGAUAGCCAUUGAUGCCUUCAAAACAGAUUAUCUUCCUUUAAGUGCAGCACUCUCCCCUUUCUGUGCACAUUCCACAGGGUGCUUGAUGAUUCAGCAAAAGCACUCUGAUGUCCUGCAGUGUAAAUUCAGACUCAUUUAAUAGGCAAGAGAAUUCCUCAGUGCUAAUCUGCUUUAUACUUUUCCCCUAAAAGUCCCAAAAGACACAAUGUAUUGGACUGCAGCAUCCAAACCAGAAUGUAAACCUUUGGGUCCUAAAGUGCACUUUCUAGAUCAAACAAAAGGGCAUCAAACAUGAUGCUAACCAGUGCUGCCUUAUCAUUUAUAUCCUCUUGAAUAUUUCUGAGAGGGAACCAAAAGAACAGUGUCAACAUCAACAGAAAGAUGAGCAGAGAUUUUGUUGUUUUGUUUUCUAAGAACAUUCUCAAUUGGAGAAGCACUUUCCUAUUCUGUAUACACAUUGACUUAUUAAAUGCAUUUAGACAAGUGUAAAGCUUUUCCUGUUAAUUUAAUAUUCCAUGUUGAUAUUUCAUGUAUGAACUGUCUUCUUCAAUGUCAUUCUAGCACUUGUGCUCAACUGGAGUUGUGUAAAUAAUGUUUGACAAGUCGAUUAAAUGCUUUUCGUGGGA